AAAUACCUCAGCUGUCAGCAGAAUUUAACCCCGCUUUCGAGGUCGACUUGAUACAAAGCUGUCGUUAUCAUUUUGCCGAGGAACUCAAGCCCAGACUCCAAGGAAGUAAAGUUCUGUGGCUCUGUGAGUACCUCGAACUUGCAUCCCUCCAAUUAUGUGGUUCAUCAACACAACAACGAUCGCGCUAGAGAGAGCCGACAACAUAGACAUAUUAUCAACUCCUUAUGCAAUUCUGUCGCAUACGUGGGGUGAAGAUGAAGUCACAUUCGAAGACAUGAUAGACGGUCGAGAAAAGGGAGAGAAAGGUUACAUAAAGAUCGUGAAUACCUGCCGACUAGCGAAAGAGCGAGGAAUAUUAUAUGCAUGGGUCGAUACUUGCUGCGUCGAUAAGAGGAGCAGCGCAGAGUUGGCUGAAGCUAUUAACUCCAUGUUCAACUGGUACAAGUUCUCAGCCGUUUGCUUUGCUCACCUCGAAGAUCUGGAUGUUCAUAGUGGUCCACAGGAUGACGAGCUUGACGGCUUGUCGUCCUGUCGGUGGUUCACCCGAGGCUGGACACUGCAGGAACUGAUCGCGUCACAAAAACUCGAAUUUUACGAUAGCAGGUGGAACUACCGAGGAACCAAAGCACAGCUACGAACAGAGAUCUCAGAUAUUACGGGUAUCGACGUUGAAGUUCUAGAUAACAACGCUAAACUGGAGACCAUACCAGUUGCGAGGCGCAUGUCAUGGGCAGCGGACCGAGAGACCACGAGAAUAGAGGAUCUUGCAUACUGCCUCCUCGGAAUCUUCGGUGUCAACAUGCCAAUGCUCUACGGAGAAGGAAUCAAGGCUUUCGGCAGGCUUCAAGAAGAGAUAAUCAAAGAGACAACUGACCUCUCUAUCUUUGCAUGGAAGGUCGAUUCACGCCAACGAUUUCGCGGGAUUCUUGCUCGUUCUCCACACGAGUUCGCUCACUGUCGGAAUCUCCGCCGCGCACCAACAAUGAGAUAUGGGCAUGAAUACAGCAUGACGAACAAAGGCCUCAGAUUAGAGACAUAUCUUGGCGCAAGCGAGAAUAAGGAAUAUCUGCUGAACCUUGCGUGCAUGAUACCGGACGACAAUGGGGAUGAGUCAAGAAUUGGAGUUUAUCUUACAAAGACGGCUGAUGGUUAUGUCCGCAGUCGACCCUCUGAAUUAUUCGAAACGCAAGAUUCACUACUCUGGGCCGGUCCUCGUUACAAGAUAUUUAUUCGCAAACGCGUCACGUUCUUUGGUUCGGCAAACUUGAAAAAGCUUCUCUGCAUGAAUCUUGCCUCGCAGUUCAACAUCCGUCCUGGAAUCCAACUUGCUUCCUUCGCAGCCAAACCAGCAGAUCUUUGGGAUAAUCUACGUCAAGAAUUCGUCACGGACAAUAGCGAAAAAUUCACCGGCUUUCUCAACUUUCAGCUGACCGAUACUGCCAAGACCUUUAUUUCUCCUAGGAUUUAUAUUGUCUGCGGCCUAGCAGUGGAUUCAACAUCUGGGAAUAUGAAACCGUGGAUGGCCAUCUACAGCUCUACGAAUAAGGAAAGAUAUGGGAAGAUAAUAGAUUGCGUCGAUGGGUACUACAAUUCAUAUGGAGAGGAAUACUACCUGCAUCAACUGCGCGACUGCGUGCUCGCUAGGGGGAAUAUCCUACCGCAGGAAAUCAGCCUUCCUUCCAGUGAUGCCGUGCAUCGUCUUUAUAUCUCUCUUGCGGCUCUUCAGCGAUCUCCCGGUAGCCCGUAUACUAUCACAGUCAAUGUUUCAAACAUUGGAUGAUCUGCAGGUUUGCUCACUUUCUAGUUGUCAGCAUGUCUCAGAUCGAGUCGUGGUAAAUCUGUGCUUAUUCUAGCGAUAAAGCGCAAAUGGCAGUCCAAAGCGAAAGGUUUUAAUGAUUACUGAUAACAGUCUUACUUCGAUAGCCCCUAAUACAGUCUUGAAUGGAGUUCACCUAAUAUUGAAUCUGCAC